AUGAAGCAGAGAUUUUCGUCUCUAGAUGUCAAGGUCAUUGCGCAUGAGCUCCAGGCGAGCUUGGUGACUCUGCGACUCUCGAACGUCUACGACCUCUCGUCCAAGAUCCUGCUCCUCAAGUUCGCCAAACCGGACAACAAGCAGCAGCUGCUCAUCGACAAUGGUUUCCGCUGCCACCUGACCGACUUCGCCCGAACCACUGCGGCCGCGCCGUCCGCCUUCGUCGCUCGGUUGCGCAAAUAUCUCAAGACCCGGCGGUUGACGUCCGUUGCGCAAGUGGGAACCGACAGGAUCCUCGAGUUUCAGUUUAGCGAUGGCCAGUACCGCCUGUUCUUGGAGUUCUUUGCCAGCGGAAAUAUCAUUCUCACCGAUGCCGACUUGAAGAUCCUAGCUAUAUCUCGCAAUGUCAGUGAGGGAGAUGGACAAGAGGCGCAAGGGGUCGGCCUGCAGUACUCUCUGGAGAAUAGGCAAAACUAUGGUGGCAUCCCGGCUUUGACAAAAGAAAGGGUAAAGGACGCCCUCAAGGCUGCCGCUGAAAAAGCCGAAGCCAGCACGUUGGCCAGUACUUUUGGCAAGAAGACCAAAGGCAAAUCUGGGGGCGAUUUGCGAAAAGCAUUGGCUGUCUCUAUAACAGAGCUGCCCCCUGUCCUGGUUGAGAACGUUCUUCAGGCAAACAACUUUGAUAUCUCCGCUAAGCCGGCUGAUAUUGUUGACAAUGAGCCUCUACUGGAUGCAUUGGUAAACCACUUGUCCGAAGCUCGUGAUGUUGUUGAGAACAUUAUCGCAUCGUCCACCUGCAAGGGCUACAUCUUUGCGAAAAGGAGGACAACCCCCUCAAGCGCACCCGACGACGCAGAGCAAGCCCAGAAGCACGAAGGGUUGCUCUACGAAGACUUCCACCCGUUUGUGCCUCAAAAGUUCAAGAACGACCCGUCUAUUCAAGUACUAGAGUUUGAUGGAUACAACCGAACGGUUGACGAGUUCUUCUCAUCCCUGGAGGGCCAAAAGCUAGAGUCUCGUCUGACAGGCAGAGAAGAAGCUGCUAGGAAGAAGCUCGAAGCGGCCAGGCAGGAACAGGCCAAGCGGAUCCAGGGAUUGCAGGAUGCGCAGGCCAUGAACUACCGCAAAGCAGCUGCGAUUGAAGCAAAUGUGGAGCGGGUGCAGGAAGCCAUGGACGCAGUCAAUGGCCUGCUCGCCCAAGGCAUGGAUUGGGUCGAUAUCGGAAAGCUCAUUGAGCGAGAGAAGAAGCGGCAAAACCCUGUGGCCGAGAUCAUCAGCCUGCCCCUGAAGCUAGCAGACAACACCAUCACAUUGCUCCUCGCAGAAGAAGCAUUUGACGAGGAUGAGGCAGAAGAAGAAGAGGACAAUCCUUUUGAAACGGACGAUAGCGAUUCGGAAGAGGACCAGGGCGGAAAAGCCACUUCCAAGGACAAGAAAACCGACAAGCUUCUCACAGUGGACAUUGUUCUCAACAUGAGCCCCUGGAGCAACGCGAGAGAGUACUACGAAGAGCGAAGGUCAGCCGCCAUGAAGCAAGAAAAGACCCAGCAGCAAGCGACCAAAGCUCUGAAGAGCACCGAGCAGAAAAUCGCCGAGGAUCUGAAGAAGGGCUUGAAGCAAGAGAAGGCGCUUCUGCAGCCCAUUCGGAAACAGAUGUGGUUUGAAAAGUUUCUCUGGUUCAUCUCCUCUGAUGGCUACUUGGUUCUGGGAGGAAAAGACCCUCAGCAAAGCGAGAUUCUGUACAGAAGAUAUCUGCGGAAAGGAGACGUCUACUGUCACGCGGACAUCCGUGGCGCUGCGAAUAUCGUGAUCAAGAACAACCCGAACAUGCCGGAUGCCCCCAUUCCUCCGGCGACUCUGUCUCAGGCGGGGUCACUGUCGGUCUGCACCUCUGAGGCGUGGGAUUCCAAGGCCGGCAUGGGUGCAUGGUGGGUGAAUGCGGACCAAGUAUCCAAAACAACCCCCUCUGGAGAUAUAUUGCCCGCUGGGACUUUUACCAUUCAGGGGAAGAAGAACUACCUCCCUCCAACUCAACUGCUACUUGGGUUGGGAUUCGCGUUUAAGAUCAGCGAGCAGAGCAAGGGGAACCAUUUGAAACACCGAGUUCACGAUGGGCGCUCUUCAACAGCUACAGAGGCUGCAACCGGGGACGAAGGAGAGGCACAAAACACCGAGGGGAUUGACGAUCAGGAGGAUUCAGACUCUGAGCCAGAAGAUAACCAGCCUGGCCACGAGGAGCGAGCUAACCCUCUGCAAAGCUCUGGCAUUGGUGAGGAGACGGCAGACGACGCGGCAGACAAAUUGUCAGCUGUUAAGAUUAGCGACCAGCCUGGCAAUGAUGAGCCUACGCCGCCAUCUGAGGAUGCAGUUGAAGGGCAACAAGGAGAGGGAGCAAAUGAGGAGGAAGAUGACAAUGAGGAGAACGAGGUAGCGCCCUCUGAGUCGGGCACUGAAGUUUCCAAGGCCGCUUCCCGAGCUUCCAAUACCACUUCACUUGCCACGGGAGCCUCCUCGGCAGCGACGCAGAAAAGGGGCCAGAAACGCGGGCAGAAAGGAAAGGCGAAGAAGAUUGCCCAGAAAUACAAAGACCAGGACGAAGAGGACCGCGCGACAGCGGAGGCCCUGAUCGGAGCGACGGUGGGGCGGCAGAGGGCCGAAGCCGAGGCCGCCGCGAAAGCGCAGCGCCAGGCGGAGCUGGAAGCGAUGAAGGAGCGCCGACGGGCUCAGCACGAGCGGAAGCAAAAGGAGGUGGCCGAGCAGGAGGAGCUCCGGCGCGCGAUGCUGAACGAGGGCCUCGACGUGCAAGAGCCCGACGAAGCCGAGAGGGCGACGAACCUGGAUACGCUGGUGGGCACGCCGCUGGCGGGAGACGAGAUCCUGGAGGUGAUUCCGGUGUGCGCGCCGUGGAGCGCGCUGGUGCGGUACAAGUACAAGGUCAAGCUGCAGCCGGGGUCGGUGAAGAAGGGCAAGGCGAUCAAGGAGGUGCUGGAGCGGCUCAAGACGGACUCGGCGCGCAAGGGCGUCGUGGACGAGGCGGCGCGGGACACGGAGAAGAUGUGGCCGCGGGAGGUGGAGCUCAUCAAGGGGCUCAAGCCGGAGGAGAUUGCCAACUGCGUGCCCGUGAGCAAGCUGCGGGUCAUGAUGACGGGGGCGAGCGGAGGGAGCGGCUCGGGCGGCGGAGGUGGGAAGGGAAAAGGUGGUGGUGGUGGGAAGAGCCAGGGCAAGGGGGGCAAA